AUGGAUUGUGGCAAGUGUAACAGAUACAUUAAUGAUAAGGAAAUGUUGAAAUGCGCAACAUGCAACAUAUGUUUGCACUACCAAUGCGCAGAUUUCUCCGAGAUCGAAUUUAAAAAAAUAUUACCCAUGAACAAAAUGAAAUGGAAAUGCCAAAACUGUAAGUCCAAAAAACAUGGUACGUCAUCCGUAACUCACUCUCCUAAGAUACAACCGACGUCACUAAAUAAUUUAAAUGUCGACCCGCAAUCGCAGGCACUAAUGCAAUACUUUGAUGCCAAAUUCGAAACAUUAAGGCAACAAUGGCGUGCUGACCUUCAGGUUGCGAUUCAGGAAGUAUCUUCGUCGAUCAAGCAGGACAUCGAAAGCCUAGCAUCGCGUUUGGCUGCAUCAGAAACACGAAUAAUUGAAUUAGAACAUACAAUAACAUCUAUGUCGUCUUCACAAUCAAAUUUCAAUGAUGUGAUGCAGGAGAACAGUCAAUUGCGCACGGACCUGGAAUGUUUACAGGCUAAGUUUGAUGACCUAGACCAGGUUUCUCGUAGCUGUAAUGUGGAAAUACAAAAUAUUCCCGAGAAAAAGGCUGAAAAUCUCGUUCAUUUAUCUAUCCAAAUAGGAAAGUUAAUUGGUAUUGACAUUAAAGAAAGCGACAUUCGGUCCGUCCAUCGGGUAGCCCCCGGCAAACCUAGCAACCGUCCAAAAAAUAUUGUACUUCAACUUAGUACACGCCGGCUGCGCGAUGAUGUGAUUGCCGCUGCGCGCGCGCGCCGCUCUCUCACUGUGGCUUCGCUUCUCGGCCCGCCCAAGUCUGCCGCCGCCACUGCUACGAAUCAGGAUGCCCGCUUUUAUAUAAACGAACAUUUAACGCUCAAAAAUAAAUUGUUAUUUAGCACCGCUAGGCAGCACGCAAAGGCUAAAAAUUAUAAGUACAUUUGGGUGAAAAAUCAUUGCAUUCUAUUAAGGAAAAGUGACGAAGCGCGAGUGGUACAUAUCCGAUGUAGUAGUGAUUUAAAGAAAAUAUUGUGA